AUGGCUGUCGGCGUGGUACCAGCCGAGAUCAAUGGGUGGCCCCCAAACUGUGCCUGCGAUGCGGAGACUGAAUUUAGCUCCCGACCAAUGUACACACCACCGUCGCCCGCCAACAGCCUAAACUGCCAAAGUAGCAUAUCCCGCCCGCUCUUCUGGGACGUGAUUCCACUCUGCGACUUGUAUUCGAUUGUCCAUGUGGUUCUUUUACCCAGCUCUCUUCGGCUCUUGUCCAACCCCAUAUCACUACGCAGCAGAAAUGGGGCUCCCGGUGUCGACGGACGCCAGAGCCAGAGCCAACCGCAGACUCAGUCCAGGUUUAUCGACGCCCUCGCGAAUCUCGGCCUCGGCCCAUCCACAUGGGCGCACGCCGGUGUGGCCGUGUAUACCGCCAUCCUUCCCACCACCGACGGCUAUGUCGCCCGCUCCGACUUUUUGCGACAGCGUCUUCAGGACUUCCCCUUUUCGAUUUCCAAAAUCCAAGAAUGCGCCAGUCCGCUGAGGAAAUAUGUUUCCUGCCGGGUAUUGCCAGCUUCUAUCAACUCGGAGGACGGGCUUGCAAACGUCGUGGAACAGGCCGCGGGUGUCAUCCAAUGGGGCGACUUGGAAGCGUCAGUAUCUAUACUCGACCUCCAGCAAUAUCUACUUUGUCUCACCCAGGAAUUACAUGACCGCCUGAACAACGCCCCUUGGACGACCCCUCAUUACAUCGCCCGCAAGCGCGUGGCUCUAAUUCGGGGCCGGCCGAACCUGACCGCAGGCGGUCCCAUCUAUCGCGCUGCCCGUUCUCUGGGUUUUGAUCUCGUGAUUAUCGACGACGAAGGCCACUGGCUACAAGCGGAUACCGACGAAAACCGGAUGCACCGCGAAGCGUUCCUGGCGACCGACAUGACCGAGGACUCGGGGGUCGUCGACCGAAUCAUUGCUUCGAUCACCCGGUACUCGCUCCCGAUCCACGGCAUAUUCACGGUGUCGGACAACUUCUUUGUCACAUGUGCCCGCGUCGCCGAAGCAUUGGGUCUUCCGACCAACCCUGUCUCGGCUUUCCAAACAUCGGUUGACAAGCACCGCUCUCGCCUUCUACAAGAUGCGCCCGGUCAAACCGCCCGUGUGUCGAGUGUCGAUGAGCUGAAUGCUCUCUUGGCUUUGCCACCAUCCCCGAACGCAUUCCGACCUGUUUACCCCGUUAUCGUCAAACCCACCAGGGGUUGGUCUUCGGAGUGUGUGAGCAAGGUGUCCAACCCUGAGGACCUAGCCACGGCUGUGAGCAAAGCGACAGCCCGCCAUGGGAGUGCAGCUGUUAUUGAGCCGUUCUUUGACGGGCCCGAAAUUGACGCCAACUUUGUCCUUCUCGAUGGCGAUGUUUUGUUUUUCGAGGUUGCCGACGAGCCUCCCUGCAAUGCCGACCGACACGACGCUAGCGUGCAAGAUACUUUUAGCCCGGAGGCCCUGACUUUGCCAAGCGCCCUGCCAGACGCCGAGCAGGAAGUCGUCCGCAACACGCUCAGAGAUCUCCUCGUCCGCGCCGGGUUCCGGACGGGAGUGUUCCACGUCGAAGCUCGCGUGAUCCGUUCAAACUCCGAGUAUCGAGAGAUUGAGGGGACCGUUGAUCUCGUUCGCAAAAACGACGCCCGCGAGACCACCGCCGAAUGCAAGCUAAUCGAAAUCAACGCCCGACCACCCGGAUACCGCGUGAGCGUCCCUUCCCGACACACAUACGGCGUGGACUAUUUCGCUGUGCACAUGCUGGCAGCCGUUGGUGACUACGAGCGGCUUAAACUCGCGGCACGACCAUUCGACCACAUGGCCGAGGACCGGACCGCCGGAGCGCAGUACUGGUCGCGGUUGGUCUACGUACCCGCGCCCAAAGCCGGUGUGGUCCGGUGGUCGGCUUCUGGCGGCCUGUCGCCCUGUGAGUGGCUCAAGAGAAGGCGGCCGGACCUAGCGGAUAAGAUCGUGCUGGCGGUCGAUUACUGUGUGCCGGGGGAUCGGGUCGAGUUGUUUACUGACGGGGCGCGGACGUAUGUGGCGCAUGUGUUGGUGUGCAGCCGGGUGAGUCGGCGGGAUGCGAUUGAGAGGGGGGAGGAGGUUUUGAAGGCGUUUGACAUUGAGGUGGAGGUCGUAUGA